CCCAGCCUCCCACCGCGGGAAGAGGGGCAGCGCCAGGAACUUGAUCCCCGCAGCCCAGAGCCCGAGCUGUCCCCUGUCAGCCCUGCGGUUCCUGGAGGCGGGGCUGAGGCUAGGACCAGACUUGGUCAGGUCCUAGGAGAGCGAGGCGUUUUUCCUAAUCCCAGGAACACCUCCUCCAUCAGCGGCCUCCAUCCUCUGGCCUCAAGCUUCCUGAAAAGGAGAUCCUCUCCCUUUACCUCCAGAAUCGAUCAAGAAGAGGAGCAGAAAGCGUUCUUCUUGCUCCUGGGAUCACCUGGCCCUCUAAGGAAAAACAAACAGGUGCGACAAUAAGUAGACCAGGCCUCCGCAGAAGUGGGUGGAGACGGAAAGAAACUAAGACCCUCUCAGUUCUCGGCUUCCUAAAAACAGCACCGUCUUAUAAAUUCCCCAAUGACCACCUUUCCCCCACUGCCCGUGACUUGUACAAAGCUCGCAGUCUUAGCCAAGCAGAAGCUGCCAUGUUCUCCAGGAACAAUUCCAAGGUCUCAGAUGAUCAAAGAAAAAGAUGACAUAGAUCAUUACUUGGAGGUGAAUUUCAAAGGACUGUCAAAAGAAGAGGUCGCUGCCCACAGGAACUCCUAUAAGAAGAGCAUCUGCGUGGACAUGCUGCGUGAUGGCUACCACAAAUCCUUCUCCGAGCUCUUCGCUCUCAUGGAGCAUUGGGAGGCCCUGUGGAAUGCUGCAGAGGCACAGUCCCUCUUCUGGCUGCAGAGGCCCCUGGAGGAGCAGCCAGACAAGCUGGAUAAUUUCUACCACUACCUGACCAGGGCAGAGACUGCAGAGAGGAAAGGAUACUUUGAAGAUGUGUAUAAUAACUUGUACGCUCUGGCCUGUUACUUCAAUAAUUCUGAAGACAAGUGGGUGAGGAACCACUUCUAUGAGCGAUGCUUUAAGAUUGCUCAGCUGAUCAAAACUGAUGGUGGAAAGAAAGAAGCAGAGGCACAGGCCCACAUGGGCCUUCUCUAUGAGGAGGAUGGUAAGCUUCUGGAAGCUGCUCAGCAUUAUGAAGCAUUCCAUCAAUUGACACAGGGGCGGAUAUGGAAGGAUGAGACAGGCCACUUUCUCAACUUCUUGGCCUGUGAAAGUCUCGUGAGGACCUACAGAUUGCUCGCAGACAAAAUGUUGGAAAAAAAAGAAUACAAACAGGCCAUCAAAAUUCUAAUAAAAGCUUCUGAAAUAGCCGAAGAAGGAAAUGACAGAAACACAGUGGGGGAAGCUGCCUACUACCUGGGCUUAGCCCACUUGGCUGCAGGAGAACAUGAAACUGCACUAACAGUGUUUCAUAAUUACAGUGGGAUUGCCACAGACCUGAGUGAUGAUCUUAACCUGGGGAGAGCCUAUGAGGCGAUCGCCAAGGUCCUGCAGAGCCAAGGAGAAAUGACAGAAGCAAUUAAAUACUUGGAGAAAGUUGUGAAAAUUGCAAGAAACAACUUCAAAAGCCUGGAUGUAAUAAGAGCAUGCACAAUGCUUGGCGACAUCUACAACCGGAAGGGACAGUACAGCAAAGCUUCUGAGUACUUCCAGCAAGCUCUCAACACAAGGGUGGAGCUCAUGAAAACAUCUCUGAUGGAUGAAACUAAAGUGCAUUAUGGAAUAGCCAGAGCUCACCAGAUGAUGCUGAUGAUGAAAAGUUACAUAGAAUCUACAGAUGCAAACAGCCUCAACUGCCUGCUUUCCUGGAAAGAAAGUAGGAGCUACAUGGAAUAUGAACCCGUUCCAGAGGAGUCUAGAAGAGUCACAGGAGAUAAUAUACAUGAAAACGAGAACAUGAAGAAGAAAUCAGAAGAUCUCCAGAUAAUCAAAACAAUGAAACUUAAAUGACUCACCACCAAAGAAAGAAGAAAUUUAGCAUGUAGCCUUAGACUUCAUUCACAUGACAGGAAUAUGUAACAGAUAGUAUAGUUAUUAAAAAAUGAUAGGACUGUUUAAUUGGAUUUUGUAUUGUAGUGUACUGUUGUAAAUUUAAUCUAAAACAUUAAAUCCACAAAAAUAAAAUACAUCUCAAACACCUAGAAAGAUCAACAAUUACUCAUAAAAUAAACUGUAAAAUCUCUCCUCUUACCCACUAUGCCAUAAGAAGUAAUGGUAUCACAAAAUAAAAUUUUAAUUGCUUCUGAUUAUAAAACAGGUACAAGCAAAGAAAACUUCAUGAUGAAUAAAUGUAAGAUAAUAUUAACUAAAA